AUGUCUCUGUCAGCAUCGGACGUUGUAGAAGUAUUAUUGAUUUUACUGCUAAGCACUCAUGUUACUACUGCUUAUGAAGAUAACUAUUCUUGCCGAAAUACUAUUUGUAGUCCUCGAGCUGGGGAUCUUCUAAUUGGCAGGGAUAAUGCUUUAGUUGCUUCUUCUACCUGCGGAUUGGAAAAUGUGGAUACCUAUUGUGUUGUCACUGCUAGCGGUAAAAGCCACUGCAGUGAAUGUUAUUCCAAACAAGCAUACAACUCUAUCACAAAUCCAAACAGCCACCGUGUCGAAAACGUUAUAUCCCGAGUUCCCAGUGACCCCGGAAGGUGGUGGCAAUCUGAGAACGCCUUACACAAUGUUACUCUGACGCUCAAUUUGGAGACCCAAUUUCAAUUUAUAUCUACCAUCCUUCGCUUCAAGACUUUUCGUCCCGCCGCCAUGUAUCUGGAACGUUCGGUGGACUUUGCACAGACCUGGCAGCCUUAUGCCUAUUUCUCCAAUAACUGUCCACGUGACUUUCCCAGCAUCCCUGAACGACCCAGACGCUCUCUCAGGGACGUCACUUGCACCAGUAUCUACAGCCAGCUGACACCUUCCGAGGGCGGUGUGGUCGCCUUCAUGGCAGCUCCGAGUGAAAUGCACGCGAAUCUCCCACCAUAUAGCGAGGAACGACAAAACCUGACAGCUAUCACCAAUCUGCGAGUGACUUUUACACGCCUCAACACAUUGGGUGAGUUGCACUCUGUCUUCUUAGUUUAG